AUGGGCACCACUACAGUUUACCAUCCGAUGACCACUACAACAUUCGAGCAGUUUACCACAGAGCCAAUAACGCAUCGUCCGGGUGUUGCAGAUUGUGGAAAGCCAAAGAAUAUAACGAACGGCAAGGUUAAGUACACCCUAACAAAAUUAAACCACAGUGCCUUCUACACGUGCGACCAGGGAUAUAAAACGGCAGACACUACAGUGAUCACAUGCACGACUCAGGGAGCCUGGGAUGGUAAUCCACCGACGUGCUCAGAUGUUAACGAAUGUUCGGGAAGUAACAAGUGUCACUACAGCGCCAUGUGUACCAACCUUAAUGGUAGCUACGAGUGCACGUGUAAGGACGGCUAUACAGACCCUGAGGGAUACGGAGGCCGACAAUGUGACGAUGUUGACGAAUGUUCGGGAAGUAACGAGUGUCACUACAGCGCCAUGUGUACUAACCUUAAUGGUAGCUACGAGUGCACGUGUAAGGACGGUUAUACAGACCCUGAGGGAUACGGGGGCCGACAAUGUGACGAUGUUAACGAAUGUUCGGGAAGUAACGAGUGUCACUACAGCGCCAUAUGUACCAACCUUAAUGGUAGCUACGAGUGCACGUGUAAGGACGGCUAUACAGACCCUGAGGGAUACGGAGGCCGACAAUGUGACGAUAUCGACGAGUGUGCUGUUGUCGGGAACUACUUUUGUCGGAUAAAUUGGAAUCAGACUCGAUGGUGUACUAACACAGCUGGCAGCUACUACUGUGGCUGUAACCGGGGAUGGACUGGCAAACACUGCGAGAAUGAUGUAAAUGAAUGCGAUGGCGGGAACCUAUGUGGUCAGAAUGCGGAUUGCACCAAUACAUUCGGGUCUUAUAACUGCAACUGUCGACCAGGAUAUCCGCAAGGAAACCCUUUCUAUGGAUGUUAUAGUCCGGUACUGCUCAGCUUUAACUCACCGGCCGUAAUAGAUGGUGUCCGCGGAGACAACGAGAUACUCCCUCCUGUAAACAUCCCCGGGGGAAGAUUCCCCUACCUAGGACAAUACUUCAGUCUUUUCAGGCCAAGUUUGAAUGGGUUCCUAGCACUUAACUAUCCACCGCUAUAUGAAGCCUUUGGCGCGGAGAAUUCUACACAGUGGGCCGAAUAUGUCGAGAAUCACGUGGUUAUUGCCCCUCUCUGGACAAACCUCGACUCAAGGAAUAUUACUGGCGCAGGUGUAUGGGUCCAUGUGUUUUCUAACAACACUGGAAAUAGGAGUGACAUCCUUCAAAUACAGAAGCUUGUUCGGAAAUAUUCGGACAACAGUGAGUUCAAUGCGAGUGUUGCAUUUGCCGUGACUUGGAAACAUGUCACCACACAUUCACCAUAUAUGCCCGGAUACAUGCUCUACAAAUACCAGAACCUGUCAAUGCAAGUGAUUGCGGUAACAGACGGCCUAUACACAUACCUACUCUUCAACUACGAUCAGGAGGAGUUCAGCAUCCAACCAAACAGCUACACGCCAGUGGCUGCCGGUUACACUUUCCCCGGAAACUUUACCGGCAAGAUUCUCGCCAACAGCCACAACUUCACCAACCUUAAGACCGAUUCAAACGUUAACCAAGCGGUCAAAGGUCGUUGGCUGCAUGACGUGACGUACAUCACUGACGACAUGCGGGACGAGGUGGGAUGCCGGAAGUUCAAUGAGAACAAGACAUUGAAAGAAUGGACGCGAAAACAGCUUAAAAACUCAUAUCCUUGUCCAUGUUACGAACAAGAUAUGAAAGAGGACUAUACCUUCAAAAUCAACGACAGCCUUUGGUCGAACAUUGACCAGUAUACCCACUGUUACGAGUCGUGGUUCUUCAAUCCAUAUGAUAUAAAACAGCGCUGCUGCUUUCGGUUCGGUGAACUGCGUAAGGAAUAUCCUUUCGCUAUAGGAGCCGAGUACAGGGACGCCGGUUAUAACGCCCUUCUGGAGACCGGCUUCCGGCAGUGCUGCUCAGCGGUAAACAGCCGGCGCUACUGUCACCUUUACUAUGACGUCAACCCGCCCGACGACUGUUCAACCUGGUCCCCCGACGACGAAGCCGAUGUAAAACAGGCUCUGGGCAAAGUCAUGACAUUUGUUUGACUGUCUUAAACAAUUUGAUUUUUGGUGUG